UUACAACUUUGAUAGUUCUGUGGAGCCAGUGAGGAGACCAGCUGGGCGUAUUGGUAGUGGGAGAUUUGAUCGCAGCUUACGUGAUGAACGUGCUAGAAGUGAUCCAAACCCUUUCAAAGACUUUAAAGGUUUUGGUGGUAAAUUUGGAGACUUUAUGCCUGGAGAUGACAGCCAUAGAGGUCAAGGACGCAGUGACGGAUCUCGAGGACGUGGUGAUAGUUUGAGGCCCACUCAUGGAGAUUCUCCUAGAAAUCGUGGUGAACCUUCUAGAAAUUAUGACGGCCAUAGAAACAGGGGGGAUGCCUACCAUGAUCAUAGAGGAGAUGAGAGAAGUCCAAGAAGUUUUGGAGAUGGUCCUAGAGGUAGAGGAGAAGGUUCAAGGGGUCGAGGAGAUAGCUCAAGGGGUCGAGGUGAUGGUUCAAGAGGACGUGGUUUAAUAAGAGGUGCUAGAGGUGCUAGUGCUCGUGGUAUGAGAGGGGGUAGAUUGAGGCCUCGUGGCGGUACAGCUGGAACAGGCAGAACCAGGGCCCAUAGUGGUGGUAGUACAGGAAGUGACGAAGCACGUCACAUACAAGAUGAUGAAAAUACACUUGUUAUCAGAAUAGAUAAUGAGGCAGGAUCAGCUAGGAGGAAAACAAAUGAGAGAGGCAAACCUAGAAGUCCUAGGUCUCCCACAUCAAAGCAGGGGAAACCUCGUGGGAAAGAAGGAAAGGAUAAAAAGCUAAGAGAAUCAAGACCGUUGAGAUCAUCAACCCCUACUAAGGAAAAACACUCUGAAGUCACUGAGGGUGAUUCUAAACCAACAAAUCCAGAUAAUGUUGAAGAAGAGAAUGCAAUCAAGAUUGACUCAGAUAUUCAAAUUAGUAUUAAUAGAGCAAGUGGAGAAAGAGAGAUUAGGAGCACUAGCAAGGACAAAGAAGAUGUUGAGGAGCCAAGAGCUGGUAGUAGUGAUUCUCAGUCAAGAGGCAGUAGUAGUGAAAAAGAUUUGAGAGAAGGAUCAAAUGAAAUACGAGCAAGCAAUAGUGGGAAAGAAUCAAGAGGUGGAAGUAGUGAGAAAGAGAAUUCUGAUUAUGGUGACCAAUAUGAAGAAUAUGAAGAGGAGCACCAAGAUGAAUGGGAAGAUUGUGAUGAUGAUUUCUAUGAGGAAGAAGUUGAGAGUUUGGAAGAGGAGCCACGCCAAGUCCUCCAACUUGAUGUACAUACUGAAGAUGAUAGUAGUAUGCUGCCUCCAACUACACCAGUCAUGAAGACCCCAACUGGCGUGGUCCAUAUCCUGGACUGGGCCCAGGCAGUGGAGGACAACAGCUUUGAUGCUUCUGGAAGUAGUGUAGAAGCCUCACCUAGAGAACAGAGAACUCCAGGUGACAGCCCAAGAAACAUCAACAAAACUGAGGAAAUCCCACUCGAAAUUAAAAAUGAAACUCCGAUUGAAUCUCCCAAAGAACAAACUAGUCAAAAUGCUGGUGCUAACGAAUCUAAAGUUAAAAUUGAAGAAAACGGCAAACAAAAUGAAGUCAGUGAGCAAAAUGAACAAAACAAAGGUAAAGUAGAGGAUUUGAUAGCUAAGAAUGACAUUUCUUCCAUAGUCAGUGAUAAGUCUCCUAAAAUAGAUUCUUCUGAAACUACUUCUGAUAACAUUGACAGUUCUGUAGUCUUAACUAAUACUGAUAUUUCUGAAUCUGCUAACAUAGAUACACCACCUAUAGUUCAAAACACAAACCUUGCUAGUUGUGAUUUAGAUAAAAAAAUUGAUAUUUGUGAAACAUCUGAUGGUGCGAGUCAACCAAUUGAUGAUAAAAUUGAAAUCUCGGAAAAAGUUGUAUUGAAUGAUGCUACACUUGAAAGAUUGAGUAAGCCUAAAGAAAAUGCUUUAGAUACCUUAGUGAAACCUGUGGAGUUAAUUCCAGAGACUGCACUCACUAAUGAUAUUUCUCCAGCUGCUGAAAUUGAAACAAAUGAUGAUUCUUCCAAACCUAAAGAUCAGAGCUCGGAGGUAGAAUCUGAAAGUCAAUCUUGUAAUGUACCCAACAGUAAUACACUUAAACAAGUCCCUGAACCCUCUAGUGAAGUCAACUCUGAAUCCCCUACUACAGCAUCUGAAAGUGAAAUUGACAAUAACAAGUCAGAGACAUCCAAUGUUAAAGUUGAAUCAGUGGAUACCAAAGAUGAAUUAAAUGAAAGUGAAGUUAAUUCAGCAGAAAUGAAAAUUGAACCUGUCCCUUCAGUUAUUCAAGUGAUUCCGCCUGUUGAUGAAGGAAAAGUUAGUGACUCUUGCGAUAAGGCAAUAGAUAAAACUGAUACUGCUACAAUUCCUGAUUGUGCACCUUCGAGUGAUGUUAACAUACACCUUAAUGAUGAUAUUGAUAAACUUAAGGAUAUUGACUCUUGUAAUGUGACAUUGGAUAAAUUUGAUAACAUUAGUGACUCUGCUGCACCUGACUGUACAUCUGCUAAUGAUGUGAAUGCCACACCUAACACAGACAUUAGUAUAGAUAUGUGUGAUGAUCAAUCUGUACCUAACAUUGAUGUUGUAAAUAUCUCUCCUGUUGUUUCCACUGAAACAAACAUUAGUAUAGAUACGUGUGAUGAUCAGUCUGUACCUAACAUUGAUACUCCUGUUGUGACUGCUGACUCUUCUGAAAAGGCUAAACCCACAAUUGCUGUAGUUAAUGAAGAUCCUACAGACAACACCGAAACAACAGAAAACACCAGUUCAUAGGGGUCAAAUCUUGGGAAGGACCUACAUCAUAAAGUACAAUGCAGUAUGCCAUUAAAUAUACAAUGUUUAUACAAAACACUGGUAUAUGGAUGAGGCGAUCUCUUAUCAUUCUGAAUUAGAAAUCCGACAAGAAUGUAGACUGUUGUCAUAAUCAGUAUGUUGAAACCAUAGAAUCAAAACAAAUUGCUACCUUAGUGGAAGAAUAGGAAAAGGCCUAACUAGAAUUGGUGCCAAUGAAGUGUUCAGACUGAAUAAACUGUACAUUAUAUACAGCUUCAACUAAGCAUGUAAAUUAGAUAUGCAAAUGUACAGAUUAUAUGACAGUGUGUACUACACGGUAUGUUGUGCAUAUGUUACAUGAUUAUGCCUUUUGUAAUACUAAAAUCAGCUCAAUUUUUAAAGGAAUAUUUGUGCAAUCUUAUUUUAUAAUUGGAUUGCCAUGUGAUGUGAAAUCUGGUGUUAUUAAGUGAUUUAUUUUAUGGGAAGGAAGCUAUGCAAUGAAAAAUUGUUAUCAUUACUUUAAUUUGUUGCAUAAUACUUUGGUAUUGUUUUAGUGAAUUUGUGGACAUGUCCCCUUUUCAAUGUUAUUUAUUUGAAAUUUUACUUACUUUGAAUAUGAUAUUAAUUGUUGCUAUCAUGUAAUUAUAAUGGUAAUUUGUACAUAGUCUUUUAAAAUGGAAUGUUGAUUAUACAUGUAUUCAUAAAUUAUGUACAGAGUUAACAAAGGGCAACAUUUGACUCAUUGUAUAAGGAUAUAAUAUGGCGGUAGCUGGAAUUUUUUCACCAUUUUUAUAAUUUGACCAUAGGUACUAAUUUAAGAGAAUAUUUUCCAAUAUUAAUUGAAAAAGUGUCAAAAUGAACUGAAGUAACAUAUUUCUGAAGGUAUCUAAUCAUACUCAUGGAACCAUUUAAUUGUAAUAAUUUAAUUGCUGUACUGGCCUUGGAUAUAAUGUAGGAAUAAUAUUGAUAUUGAAAUUGCAACUUAAUUAAAUAAUUAUUUAUUACAUCUUUUAUUGCAAAAUGUUUGUAAGGUAAUUUUAUGGAUUUUAAAUUAUUUUAAAGCAUAUUUAUUAAUGAAGGAGAAUACUAGGCUAGUGAAAUUGAUUGAAAUUGAAUUUUGUAUAAAAUGUGUUUGUAGAGUUUUAUAAAUAGAAAUAUAUAUGUUUGCAUUGAAUGCAAUAUAAAUGAAUUUAUCAAUUAAUUCAUUGUUUUAACUCACAUAAAUGAGCUAUUGUGACCUCCAACUUGAUUAUCUGUUGCUCUGUCCAUGUCAACAUUGAUGGCACAUUAGUUUAAGGAUUUCAACACUGAAUGCUUUGUUUGUAAAAUACAGUACAUGUAUAUCACAAGUAGAUUGUUGCUUCCUUCAGUCCUUAAACCAAGACCAAAGGUCAGGGUCUAAGCCUAGCAUACAAUCCACAAUAGUGAUAUAUAGCACAACACAAAGCAUUGUGUCUUGUGCUUAAAUCUUUUUCACACAUGGCAAAUAGCUUUAUCAAACGAAAUAAAAUUCAACUACAGUCAAGCAGAUCAUUUUGACAUUCAUUCAGUUUCAAGAUGGCUGUUCUAAAAUUUCUGUCUCCUUCUAAAUCUACUUUUAAUGCCCAGGAACACAUAUUUGUAAUGUUCAUAGUAAUGAAUGUUUGUAAGUCCAUUGUUUAAUUUGUGAAUUUCAUAAAGUUGCAUUUUUGUAAGUUUCGUAAAGUUACGAAUGAUUCUUCAUCAAAUUACGAAAAUAUUGAUAUCAUGCCUGCCGGCCUUGCGUUGGUAGAUUUAAUAGCACAUCUAACCCUUUCCUAACUUUUUAUUUAUUCAUUUAUGUUGUGAUUUGGGAUGUUUUGUCAUCAGAAAAUGCAAAGGGUGACACUGUGAUGAACUUAUUAUCAGCCUAUUUCUGUAUCCAUUUUAGUGUUUUUCAUGGAAUCCUUAUUUUUAUACAGUUCUUAUUGUAUGAAUUUGAUUUUAAAUGCGUAAAUCUAGCUCAAAACAAUUGAAAAAGUUCAAAUGUGUGGUCCAUUUGCAACUUUACAAAGGAGUGGUAUCGAUAUGGAGAACUGAAAUGGACAAUGUUUUUCUAUUAAACC